AUGUCGGCUAAGUCGCUGCCCAAAAUAAGGGCCACUAUUGGACAUAUACCGCAGAGACUGAAAAUGCCUUUGUUGCCAAAUCCGAGAGGACGUCUCGAAAUUCUGCGAAGAAUGGUAACUCGUUUAAUUCGCGAGGAACGUUGCGAAUUUAGCCAUAAUCGAGCUGUUGAAGUUCGACCUUAUUUUGAGAGAUUGAUACACCUGGGAAUUUAUCGUGGUUUCGAUGAUAUAUACACAAAAGAAAUGAUGGAGUGGUGGAUUACUGAGGGUGAUUUAAAGGAGAAAAUGUCUGAUGUUAUUGUGCCUCGGUUAAGGGAACUUGAUUCACCUUAUACUUUAUUAUAUCGCCUUCCUUCAUUAAGUCUUCAAUCAAGAAUAUUUAAACGGAACAGUUAUUAUCGUUACUACGACAUAGGCGUUCUCGAAAUUAAAGGUAAUCCAUUUCCUCCAGUAAUUUUGGAACGAGAAGAUUAUUCGGGUAGUCUACUUAAUAUUCUCCUGAAGAAUGCUUUAAAAAAACGCUUGGACGAAUUGAAGGAAAUAAGUACUCCUCAUUAA